AUGUCGAGCAGGAAGGCGUACGCCCGGUCCGCUCCCGAUGAAGCCUCGGGACACGAGCCCGAGCCCGAGAUCACCUUUCCAACCGGAGCCGCUGAGCGACCCGACCACGACGACGCCUUGGUGAUAUCGGCCAGGGUAGCCAAUGCGCAAAUGAGGAGAAUCAUGGUCGACACGGGGAGCUCGGCCGACAUACUCUACUUCGGCGCCUUCCAGAAGCUAGGCCUGGCCAGGGAAAAUUUAAGCCCGAUCUGCUCGGCGCUCACCGGUUUCACGGGAGAUUCAAUAUCGCCCUUGGGAUCCAUUACCUUGCCUCUGACUGUGGGGACCCCGCCGAGAUCGAAGAUCGUAAUGACCACUUUCCUGGUGGUCGACCUUCCCACCGCUUACAAUGCCAUACUCGGUCGAUAG